AUGGCGGCCGCAGUAGGCCCCAUCGAGUUGCCCACAGGGCGACGGUCAUACUACAACACUUCGACACCAGUUGAUAUUCAUGAUCCCAAUUGGAUUCCGGUUCUGCAUGGCACAGCAUACAAACCACAGUUGUCGCCGGCGGAGAAGGAAGUGUUCCAACCUCAACCUCCCGCAAGCUUCUCCCUGUUCCCGCUGCAGCCCAACUCACCCAAACCGCGACCUGGCUUUUCUCAUGCCUACUCAAAGAGCUCUAUGGCUCCCGAGAGUGUCGCUUCAGAUUCCGACUCGAGGUCGCAGAGCGCUCUAGAGAAUAUCGAGCCGUUACCGAGCAUACCGAGCCACGUCCAGUACCCUCGAGACGCGUCAAGGGGCCACAAUCGUCAGAUAACCUCGACCACAGCAGGGUCGAACGAAGAGAAGAUCUCGGGCGGCACAGACACACACCGUGACAUGGGUAGCACGCCCAGCAUUGAAGAUAAUGAGAAUGCAAGCUCGACAAAGCCAGCCUAUGGAACAGAUGUCCAUUCGUUCGUCUAUGAUCUCCGCGAAACGGAGCAUAAUGCUCCCACCAACGUCCAAAUACAACCGGAAGCCGAUGGCACCAGCCACCCCUACUACUCCAGGGAGGCCAUCUCUAGUACCUAG